CGGUACCGUCGGGAGGGGUCAGUUCCGGAGAGCGGGGCCGUCCCGCCGCCAUCUUGGGCCGGCUCCGGGGGCUGCGGCGGCGGCGGCGGCGGCGGCGGAGCGGUUCCCUCCAUGGGAAGAUGCAGCGGGCGGGGGCGGAGGAGGCGGCGGGGUCGCAGGCGGCGGCGGGGGGGGGACCCGGACGGAGCGGGACCGAAGUGGCGGCGACCGCCACCGCCCCCGCCGGGCGGCUCCUGAGGCGGGAGCUGCGGCUGCUCGAGUCCAUCUUCCACCGGGGCCACGAGCGGUUCCGUAUCGGCAGCGCCUGUCCCGACGAAAUCAGCUGCGAGUUCGUCCCGGGGGUCGGAGCUCGGGCCGGUGCUUCCGCUUCCCGGGGACCGCCACCGGGACCCGUCCGCAUCCACUGUAAUAUCACGGAAUCUUACCCAGCAGUCCCCCCCAUCUGGUCCGUGGAAUCAGAUGAUCCCAACCUGGCAGCUAUCCUGGAGAGGCUGGUGGAAGUCAGGAAAGGGAACACCCUGCUGCUGCAGCACCUGAAGAGAAUCAUUUCCGACCUCUGCAAACUCUACAACCUCCCCCAGCAUCCAGACGUGGAAAUGUUGGACCAACCUCUGCCAGCAGAACAGAGCACGCAGGAAGAGGUGUCCUCGGAAGAGGAAGAUGAGGAGAUGCCAGAGGACACAGAGGACUUGGACCACUAUGAGAUGAAAGAGGAAGAGCCAGCAGAUGGGAAAAAGACUGAGGAUGAAGGCAUUGGGAAGGAAAACCUGGCCAUUUUAGAGAAAAUCAAAAAGAACCAGAGGCAAGAUUACUUAAAUGGUGCAGUGUCUGGGUCUGUGCAGGCCACUGACCGGCUAAUGAAGGAGCUCAGGGAUAUUUACAGAUCACCAAGUUUCAAGGGGGGAUACUAUGCAGUUGAACUGGUGAACGACAGCCUGUACGAUUGGAACGUCAAACUCCUGAAGGUUGACGAGGAUAGCGCUUUGCACAACGAUCUCCAGAUCCUCAAAGAGAAAGAAGGAACAGAUUUCAUCCUCCUCAACUUCUCCUUUAAGGAUAAUUUUCCUUUCGAUCCGCCCUUCGUGAGGGUCGUGUCCCCGGUGCUCUCAGGGGGGUACGUUCUGGGUGGCGGUGCCAUCUGCAUGGAGCUGCUCACCAAGCAGGGCUGGAGCAGUGCCUACUCCAUCGAGUCAGUGAUCAUGCAGAUCAGCGCGACGCUGGUGAAAGGGAAAGCACGAGUCCAGUUUGGAGCCAACAAGAAUCAGUACAGCCUGACCAGAGCUCAGCAGUCCUACAAGUCCCUGGUUCAGAUCCACGAGAAGAACGGCUGGUACACACCACCCAAGGAGGAUGGGUAGGACCAUGGAUCAUCUUCAGGAUCUUCUACUUGGAUCUCAACGAUGCCUCUUGGCUUUUUCCCAGGAUGUUCUCCCAGCUCUGCCUGUUGCAGGACAAUAAUGGCUAUUAAAAACUCUAAGUAAAACUGUUUAAGCAGUUGGACUGACCCAAAACACUUGCUGGACCCUUGCUAGCAGGCAUUCUUGUUAAAAAAAAAACUUUUGAGCCUCUUGUAUUGCUGGAAACUUUCAACUCUACUCCAGUCUAGAGCGUCCUCCUUUACCUAUGCUAUGGAUUUAAUUUAUUUUCUUAUUUCAUGUACACUGCUUUUUUUUGUUACAGUGUAUGAUGGAUGUGUAUGGAAAAUGUAUCUUUGGAGAAAAAAGAAAUUACAGUUUGUUAAUUUGAA